UUAGUACAUUCAACCCGCAGCCCUCGAAUCAUACAUCACGCCACGAUCCCCUUCCUGUCCCCCACGCACGGGCGGUCGCCGCCGGCGUCGCCGCCGCCGCCUUCCUCGCUGAGUCCGCGGCCGAAAUCCACGCCGGGAGAAGAGGUAUCCAUCCCUUCGACGCCUUCCUCUCCCUCAAGCCUCGACCUCGCCGGCAGCCCUCCUCCCGUCCCAAGUCCAGGAGACGCAUGGGAACGGCGGCGGUGGCGAGGUGUCUCGCGCGCACGGACACCCCCACCCUACGCCCGCUCGUGCGCGCUGCCCUGCGAGGUUUAAGGCAUCGCGCCUGCUGCGCUCCCCUGUGGCGAUGAUGUGGCUUACUGCUGCCAUACAGCGCCUCAUCGAGGAGUAGAGCAGCUGCCCCAUGCCAGCCAAGAUCUUCCAGAUCCUCUCCACCCAGCCACCGUCAUUGCAGGAGGACUUUAACGAGUGGUCACCAAGAAGCUGCCCCAAAUCCUACAAGAGGCUCAGGUUAGACGAGCCGCUGACAAAGACACACCUCUAUUCUGAAUUUUUACAUGCGAAGAUGGACCAUCAGCUACGGAAUAUGUUGGCUAACCUCUCACAGGUUGCUAACAAAUUUUUUCUUAUUGUCAUCUUGAUGAUGGCUACAGAUAUGGACACCUGUAUACAUAUGGGAUGUUUCCUCCGUCAAUGCCGUCCUUUAAUCCAGUUAAUGAUGCUGAAGUUUUCAAUGGCUUUGGCACCGCAUACAUACGGGAUGUUUCCUCCGUCAAUGGCUCAAUGCUGUCCUUUAAUCCAGUUAAUGAUGCUGAAGUUUUUAAUGGCUUUGGCAUGCAAAGCCAUCCAAAUGUGGAAAAUAGAUCUCUUGGUUGCAAUGAGGGAGUUGUAUAUGAAGAAGCUCUACAGCAUAUCAGUCAAGAAACAAAGGAAGAAGAUCUGUCUCAAGCAGGAUUUAAUCGAUGGAGUUCCGCUGCUAAAGGACGUGAGAGGCAGUCCCAUCAUUGGAAGUUUACUGUUUGAAUCACAAGGAUCUGGGAUUACAUAAGCACAUACUUUACUGAAUUCUAUAGUUCUAUUUGUUGGCACAUCGGUUGAUCAGUUUUGAGGUAAAGCGAAGUUGUUAUCCGAAAUAUACUUACCUACUUAAAGAAGGUCCAAAUAGAAAAAAUGUUGGUUUUCAGGUAUGCUAGCAUUCAAAUCUACUUCGGACACCAGAUCACACAUCAAAAUUUUGAUACCUGAAAUGAUAGCUUCAGAAGAAGGGUAUCAAAAUAGAUUCAUGGUCUCUUUGCUUAGUUCUAUGCUUCUCAAAAUGCUUUAGUAUAUGCCCAUAAUAUCAUAGUACGAAUUGUUCUGUGAGCAGUUUCCUUUGUCUACCAUCAGGGAUAGUAAUUCAUUCGGUAAUCUGAUAUGUAUAUGUUCUGCAUUUCUGACUGAAAUAAUGGCAAGUUUGGCUUUGGCAAUUGGUGUGUGUAGUUUUUGCAGUUGAUAUAAUUUGAUCAUGCUGAAGGCAAGAUAUACAUCAUGGUUACUUCACGUAGCUUAAAGGGUCUGGGUCAGUGUUAAAUGUGAAAUAGCUUCACCGGGCAAGUUGUUUCACUUCUUUACAUUCAAGAGUUAAACCAGGGACGAAGCACAAUCAGACACUUUGUUUUUGCAAAAUAUUUUCUACCUUCCUCUGUCGUUGAAGUGUAUUGGCUUUCUUUCUUACAAUACAAAACUGAAAAGUAUUGUUUAAUAAACUAUAAUCGAAUUUUUCUAAGGUGGAGAUGAGAAAAAUUGUGAACAAGAUAGAACACACUCAGUAUGGUAUCUGUGUUUCUUAAUCAAGGUCCUGAAUUUAGCUUGAUGAACUAUCAAUUCAAAUAGAUCAAAGAACAAUGGUUUAACUUUAGUAGGGCAUUCUGUCCUGGAAAUACAAUUGUUGAUAGAUCUGCUUUCCUGCGAUCAAGAGACAAAGAAAACUGGAACGAAGCAAUCCUGUUACUGAAUUUUCGUAUAUAUACGUGCGUCAUCCCUCAAGAGAACUCUUAGUCAGAGUCGAACUCUGCAUCCUCUCCGUCUUCGGUGGCUUUGGGGAGAGGAGCGGAGUGGGGUUUGGAUCCCGUGGAUGCGGACGAGAGAAGCAAAACAUUGAUGCCGGCGGCAAGGGCCUUCCCGAGACUCCUAACGUGCUGCUUGACAGAGCCUGGACAUGUGCCACGGAGGCUCGCCGCCGUCGGGAUCCGGCCACCACGGGCUCCCAGCGUCAGAUCCGUAGGUACCGGAACCAAUCUUGCAGCCACCGUUUGUUUUUCUCGGAGCAAGUGCCACCAUUGGGAUCCGGCUACCACGAGCUCCCCAGGGUGGAUCCGUCUGUUGUCCUGGAGCCGACCCUGCACCCUGUGCUCCUUUCUCUCGGAGCAAGCAAGCGAUUGACGCAGCAGCGGCACGAGGGAACGAGCUCUGCCUUGAGGUGCCACUGGGGCAGACAACCACGAGCUCCUCCACCACCAUCUCCUCCCCUACCCGGGUUCAUCUGCUCAUCUGCACCGUCAUGGCGGCUAGCAUCAGUACCUCUAUCCUCCUCACCAGUUACGUCACACACCGAUAUCAAUAGGGACUGUACCUUGCUUCGUUCCGACGCGUGGAGGCUGGCCUCCUCGCCCACCCCGUACUGCACUGCUGCAAGGUCUGCAUUGCUCAAAAUUCUCUCUCUACACCUGCUCUCCCUCUAUACCUAUAGCAUGGCAUGCUAAAGAACUUGAUCAAUUCCAAAAAAUAUUCAGUUUUUACAUUACAAGUUGGUGUAUGCCACAUGUUAGAUAUUUUUCCUACAAUAACCUAAACUUCCUUUUCAUAAUGGCAGGACAAACCAACCCAGGAGGAGGCAAAUAAUGUAGUCAAGCAAACGCACAUAGUACUAUAGGGUCUGAUCACUUCCUGUGUGUACAUUGGUACUGAGUUCAGAAUGCAUGCCAUCCAACUCAUGCAUCAUAUAUAAGUGAUGGCUUGCUGUUGCUGAAUUGUGAACCAUACAUCUACAAAGAAAACCAUGGGAAACUUCCUUCCGUGUAAAUUGUGUUUGUACAGAUCAACUGCAGCUGUGUAUGUAUUGCUGAAUAUUUAUGAUAUGCAGAGGGUUGUACACACAUUUUUUCAAGGGGAGUAAAAGGGCAGUUGUUGUCAA